CACUCACAGUUUCUGGAACAUUCAAGGGAAGGUAAAGACAUUAAUCAGCUUCUUCUGGAGUGAGUGUCUGUCUGUGCAUACAGCAUUCAAGGUUGCCACAGAAUCUGUCAAAGGAUGUCAAUAGUUCCUAUCAACCAGGGUCAUGGCAAUGGCUCCAAUUCAUCUCAGGGCUCAUGGGAUCCCACCAAUGCUCUGUCUUCUUGGGAUCCCUUCAUGGAUUUCCACUUCCCCAUCAUCCCUCCUUCCAUUUCCAGUUUCUUCCCUGACAUCGGGUUCGGGUCAUCUCUGAAUACCCGUUUGGACUGGAGGGAGACACCGAGAGCACACGUGUGGAAGGUGGUGCUUCCUGGCUUCACUGACGAAGACGUGCUGGUUGAGCUCCAAGAUGAGAGGGUGCUGCAGGUGAGCGUCGACAGUGGCAAUUUCGUGAGCAGGUUUAAGGUCCCCGAGGAUGGUAACCUCCAAGAGCUCAAGGCCAACAUGAUGCCUAACGAGGUUCUGGUCAUCACUGUUCCCAAGUUUGAGCAACCCUCUGUUGGCGGAGGAAGGAACAUCAGGGUCGUUGAGAUUGAGGGUUCUGAUGACUGAUCGAACACAACAAUUGUAGAUGGCACUUCUAGCCACUACAUGGUGUUGAAGGUCACAACCAAAAAAGGUUUUAGCGCGAGUGUUUUAGUCAUUUGCUGCAGAAAAUCAUCUUGAUUCGCUGAAUUGGAAAUCGCAGCAAGUCUUGUUCUGGCACCAAGUCCCAUGAUCUUCAGACUCUGCCAUGAAACAUACAUGUUAACUAGCCAUUGAUCAGUUAAUUGUUGGUGUGAAGUUUUAUCCAGUUUCAAUAAUAGAACAAGGGUAACAUGUGAGAGUAUGCUUUCAUAACAUUGACAAAAUGAUGGCCACCAUGAGAUUUGUAUGAGUAAAAUAAUUUUCAUCAUUAAUCAUGUAGGACAAGUAUUAGCUUCUCUUCUCACAUUCUCACCCAAUAUGUUAUAUAUGUUUUUGUGAGGCUCAUAUAUAUCUUAAUUUUCACA